AUGGCAGGACGCAACCAAGACUGGAAGAGAGAAGAUGAAGAUGAUGGCGAGCAGGACAUGAUCGAUGACUCUAACUACAAGGCACAGAAGGAUGCCAUCAUCUUGGCGAUCGAUGUCCGUGAUUCCAUGUCGACGCCGCCACCGGCGGCUGCCUCAAACGCCAAAAAGGCAGACAAAGAUAGCCCGCUGGAGGCUGCCCUGAAAUGCGCCUAUCGUUUGAUGGAGCAGCGCAUCAUCUCCAACCCCAAGGAUAUGAUGGGUAUACUGCUCUUUGGCACCAAGAAAACCAAGUCCUCGAUUGAUAGCAACGGUCGCGGCGGCCUGGGGUACCCCAAUUGCUACCUUCUUGUAGAUUUGGACAUUCCUUCUGCAGAUGAUGUUCGGGCCUUGAAGGCCCUUGUCGAGGACGGUGAGGACGAGGAUGGUGUAUUGAUUCCAUCCGUCGAAAGCACCUCGAUGUCCAACGUCCUUUUUUGUGCAAAUCAAAUCUUUACCACCAGAGCAGCCAAUUUUGGCAGUCGCCGUCUUUUCAUCAUUACCAACAACGAUGACCCGCACUCUGGAGACAAGGCGGCCACCUCAGCUGCCGCUGUGCGUGCCAAGGACCUGUAUGAUUUGGGGGUGACUAUCGAUCUCUUCCCGAUCAAUCUGGGCGAUUCGAAGUUCAACCUUUCCAAGUUCUAUGAUCAGGACAUCAUCUACCGUGAUCCUCUGGCGGAUGCCAACACACCGGCCAUUCCGGUAUCCACGUCAGGCCAAAGCCUCUCGUUACUCAACUCCCUCACUUCGAAUAUACUCUCCAAACAGGCGCCAAAGCGGUCACUUUUCUCCAACGUUCCUUUUGAAAUCGCUCCUGGCUUGCGAAUUUCCGUCAAGGGCUAUAAUGUCCUUCACCGGCAGACCCCUGCGAGGACCUGCUACAUCUGGACUGGCGGAGACAAGCCUCAACUUGUGUCAGGCGAAACGUUGAGAAUUGCCGAGGACACGACAAGGACAGUCGAGAAGCAAGAAAUCAGGAAAGCCUACAAAUUUGGAGACGAAUAUGUAUACUUUUCAACCGAGGAGCAGAAGUCGCUGCGAGACUUUGGCGCCCCUAUCAUUCGCAUUAUCGGCUUCAAGCCCCGCAGCCUCCUGCCGGUAUGGGCUAGCAUUAAGAAGUCAACUUUUAUUUUCCCCAGCGAAGAGGACUAUGUGGGUUCAAGCCGGGUCUUUGCGGCUCUCUGGACGAAGCUGUGCAUGGAUGACAAAGUUGGCAUUGCAUGGUGCAUCUUGCGAGCCAAUUCGCAGCCGAUACUGGCCGCUGUCGUCCCGUCCAAAGAGCGUUCCGACGAAGACUCUGCGACUCCCUACUUGCCGUCUGGGCUCUGGAUAUGGCCCCUUCCGUUUGCUGAUGAUAUGAGAGAGAUCCGAGCACCUGGAGAGCUUAUUCGAAGCUCGGAUGCGUUGAAGUCGAAAGCAAGGACUAUCAUUCAACAACUGCAACUACCAAAGGGCAUAUACAACCCUUCGAAAUACCCCAACCCCUCCCUACAAUGGCACUACAAGAUUCUCAAGGCUCUGGCACUCGAGGAGGAAGUACCGGACAAGGCAGAAGACGCGACGGAGCCCAAGUACAAAGCCAUUCUUAAGCGAGCGGGUGGCUACCUGCAGGAAUGGUAUGGGCAGCUGGAACAAGAAGCAGGGAGGGCCGUGGCCGCAAGAGGUUUGAAGCGCGAAGCUACUGACAGCAUCCCACAACGUUCACAGAAGCAAGCGAGGACUGCUUCAUCAAUGCCCGUUGGCACAUCACUGACGCUAGCACAGCUCAAGGCUGCCGUGGAGAGCGGAGGUAUCACAAAGAUGACGGUGGCACAGUUGAGAGACUUGGCAGGAUCCAAAGGACUUAACACUGGCGGUAAGAAGAUGGAGCUGGUGGAGAGAAUAGAACAAUGGAUGGAGGAAGCUGCCUAG